CUUAAAGAAUGAGUUUUAUAGGACCUAGAAUUAAUUGCCUUCUACAUUAAAAAUAACCCAUAAGUCUGCUAAAUUUAACAAAAGGAUUAUCUGAUGAAAAACGAUUAUUAUGUACUAGAUGUAAUUUGCAAUUGCAAUAAAAUUUGUAUAGCAUUGAAGAAGUAUUUGAAUUUGCAGUUUCUGUCUCUAAAUCUGAGUAAGAAUAAAUUGAAUUAUUGAAAAAAGAUAAGGAUCAAUUAGCUUAUAUUAAGAAUCUUAUUGAUUAGAUCUAAGCAUAUUAUAAUAAAUUAGAAUUAGAGCAUUCAUAAAUAUUUGACUAAGUGUUAAAAAAUCUAUACAUAAAACCAAAUGAUUCAAUAGAUGCAUGCAUUCAAAAAAAAUAAUAAAGUGAAAGAAAUGAAUUGAUUAAGUUGGCAGAAUAGGCUAGCUUAAUUAUAAAAUAAAAUGGUGAUAAAAUAGAAUUAUAAGAAAAAAAUUCUAUUUAGUAUUUAGGGAAACUUGAUGAAUUAAGAGGGAGAAUAAAAGUUCUAUAAGAUUAAUUAAAGUUGGUUAACAAUAAUUAAUCAUAAUCUAUAAUUCUAAAUAAAUAAGCAGUCUAUCAAAAUUAAGAGCCAGUUUAGGUUAUAUAAUAAAAAAAGAUUGUCGAAGGCUCUCAAUUCAUGAAAAUAUCUGAGGCUUAAUUAGAGUAAUAAAAAAUAUAUGACAUCAAAUUUAAUAAAGAUAAUAAUCUAUUUGUUAUGGGUGGUUCAAAAUUAAAGAACAGUAAUUGUUAUGUUUAGAUAUGGAAAUAUGAAAAUGAUUAAGUCUCAAAAAUACAGGAUUUAGAAAAUUGUCAUACUGGAGAUGUGAAAUCUAUUUGUUUUUCAAAUUAGGAGAAUUCAUUUUUUACAGGAAGUCUUGAUACAACUAUAAUAUAUUGGAAAAUGGAAGCUUAAGGCUGGAAUAAAUCUCAAGUAUUAUAGGAUUAGACUAGUGGAAUAAUUGGUUUAUAAUUGAAUAAUAAAGAGAAUGUAUUGGCUGCUGUUUCAAAUUAAAUAUAUUUAUGGAAAAGAGAACUUAAAUAAUGGGAGAAAGUUUAAGUUUUGAAUCAAUGUAAAAAGCAGUUUUUGUGUGUAUGUUUUAAUAAUGAUGAUUCUUAAUUAGCAGCAGGUAGUUCAGAUUGUUAGAUAUAUGUUUAUUAGUAUUAAAAUGGGUCAUGGAUAUUAAAGCUAACAAUAUAAGAUCAAUCAUAGGAGGUCAAUUUUAUUUCAUUUCUUUAAGAUUUGAAUUUAGUUGCUGUUUUAAAGGAUAGCAUUAUGAAUUUAUAUUAAUAUUCACCUAACAAUUGCUACGACUCAAAGAAAUUGUCAAAUCUAUCAUCCUUUUAGGUUAGUUAUAGUAAGCAAGGUAAUUUUUUGAUAGUCGCAUCAGGUAAAUAGAAGGAAACUUCGAUUUAUUAAGUAGACCAGAAAGAUGGACUUAAAAAGGUCUAAUAGAUUCAAGCAAAGAGUGAUUAAGUAUAUUCAUCAAAUGACGGGAAAUUAAUAGCACUAUUUACAAAUCAGAAAUUGGAAUUUUAUUCAGAUCAAAAUAUAUAAUAUUGAGAUAUAUUUAUAUUAAACAAGAGGGAU